GGCGAGACAGUAUUUAGACUCUAGAUUGAUCACCAUCCUCUUUCCCGUUAGCUAUUUCUCACCAUGGGCGGGCUGUUCGGAGACUUACCCCCGCCUUCCGAUGCGGAUAAGGACGCAUCGGACGCACAGCCUUCCGCGGCUUCCGCUUCCUCAUCUUCCGCAGGUCGUCCGAAGCUAUGGUCCGCCAAAAUGACUCCCCCUACGUUGCGCAAGCCCUCCGCCGCGACCCUCUUCGCUCCGCCAACAUCCGUCCUCCGCAGUCAAUCCCUCUCCGGUUCCAGCGCUGCUUCCCUUGCUGCGAAAUCCGCGCGUUUGCCAGCUCCGCCUCCUCCGCCAGUGAGCGGCGCAGCUCCGCCCGGCGCAGCAGGCUCCGGACGGAUACCUCCGCAAUGGUUGCGGCGGCUGCCGCAGCAGCAGCGGCAGCGGCAGCAGCAUCGGGACUGGGUUCUGGCGCGGGGAUGGCGGAAGCGCAGCCAAUCCCCAUAGCAGCUGCGACCGCAGCUCCCGGCGAAGCAACUCCCCCCUUUCCUUCCGCCUACUCCGCACAAGCUCCUCCCCCUCACGCCCCCACUUACCCGCCUGAUCCACGCUUCGCCGCUCAUCCAGGAUAUCAGGCUCCUCCGCCGCCCUACGAAAGCGCAGCCGCAGCCUUUCCUCCCCCUGUCCCCCCCUAUGGCUCCGCACCCCCCUUUCCCCCGUAUCCCGCCCCCGCCCCAGCCCUUGCGCCCCCGCCUGCACCUGCGCCUGUUCCCCCUGCCAUGCCUCCAGGUGGCGGAGCGGCACUGGUUGCAGCAGCUGCUGCAGUAGUGGACGAAUAUGACCCGGCUAGGCCUAACGACUAUGAGAAAAUUCUAAGGGAGAGGAAGAGGAAGGCCGUAGAGGAGGAGCGGAGGCGCGAGAUGGAGAGGAGGAGGAGGGAGGAGGAGGAGAGGGAGAAGGAGCGGGAGGCGGUGCUGCAGAGACAGCGGGACCUUGAGCUAGCAAUCAAGGCUGAACGUGAGCGUGCGGCUGCAGCCAAGGCGUCAGAGCAGGAGGGAGCCGCAUCAGCGUCUGCCGCAGCAUCUGCUGCCUCUGAGCGCUCUCAGCUGCGCGUCAGUGGGGAGGAGGCCUGGCGCCGCAGAGCCCUGCUCAGUGGCGGAGGCGGGGGAGGAGGGGGUGGCGGAUUAGGAGCAGCAGCGGGAGGAGCGUCGGCAAGCCCACGAGCGGCGGAGAGAUCGCCAUCUCCUCCCAAGUCCGAGGGGUUUGCCAUGCCCAAGACAUCAGGCGACGGGUUGACAGCAGCUGAGCGGAUGAUGAUGAAGAUGGGGUGGAAGGCAGGGCAGGGGCUGGGCAAGCAGGAGCAGGGCAUCACCACGCCGCUCAUGGCAAAGAAGACUGACAAACAUGGAGGAGUGAUUGUCGCUGCAAGCCCACUGAAGAAAGGUGGUGGAGGGGAGGGAGGGGAGAAUAAUGCAGCUGGUGCUGGCGGGAAGAGGGCGAAGCUGGGUGGUGUGGCACUGAAUGGGCCUCCUUCUAAGGUGGUCCUACUACGGAACAUGGUUGGUCCAGGAGAGGUGGAUGAGGAGUUGGAAGAGGAGGUGGCGGGUGAGUGUCUCAAGUAUGGGACUGUAACGCGUGUGCUUAUAUUUGAGAUCACAGACCCUUCCUGUCGACCAGUGGAAGCCGUUCGCAUCUUCAUCACGUUUGAUCGAACGGAGUCUGCUACGAAGGCACUUGUCGACCUGACGGAAGAUUCUUUGGCGGGAGAACAGUACGGGCGUGCUUCUUUGAUGAAGAGAGAUUUAAGAAAAAUGAUCUAGCGCCAGGUGCAAAUGAGCCCCCUGUUCCUGACUUCAAGAAAGCCUAGUUUUGCGUGUUUUAGGUUUUACCUUCGUCUUUUUAUGUGCAAUACAAAUUAUCGUUUAUAUGAGCUUUUUGUUGUGUGCUGUGCAUAUCUCCGAUAUGUUCUGAUGCUCUGCUGCUCUUGUGGUGACAGGUUCCGCAGGAGGACUGUAUACGCCAGUAGCGACUGAUACGUGAAGAUCUCUUGUUCUUUUCCAGUGCCGUUGCUUGGGAAUGGCAGGGACCCGUUGAAGUAUCCCAGAAGAUGCGCGGCCUCCAUCAGCAGCUCGAACUCGAA